GCACUGCGCGUCCAAUAUGGAGGAAUUGACGGUGGAGAUCCGCGGCUCUAACGGGGCUUAUUACAAGCUGUCCCCCGUCACUCUUCGCCUGCCGCGCAUUCCCAGCUAUUUUUGACUUGGACGCGCUGAGAUGUAAGAGGGACCGACGUGUUUCUCCUCUUCCCCUAUGGCUGCCGCAACAGCAAAUGUUUCCAUGGAAAACGCCCGCAUAUUAAAGUCAUUUGGGGCUUGUCAAAGAUGUCCAUGAUGACUCACUCACCAUUGUCUUUGAAAAUAACUGGCAACCAGAGAGACAAGUUCCUUUCAGUGAUGUGCGGCUACUGCCUCCAUUGGAUGCCAGGAAGGAUAUCAGAGAGGGUGAUGAAGUCGAGAUUUUUUCAAGAGCGAAUGAGCAGGAGCCUUGUGGCUGGUGGCUGGCUAAAGUUCGCAUGGUUAAAGGAGAUUUCUACGUAAUCGAGUAUGCAGCUUGCGAUGCCACGUACAAUGAAAUCGUCACCUACGAUCGCCUCCGGCCCAUGAAUCUGAAUAAAGCUGUCACUAAGAACACCUUUUACAAAUGCACCAUCCCUCUCCCAGAGGACCUAUGGGCAGCGUGUGAAAAUGAGCAAUCACACAAGGAUUUUAAGAAGGCAGUAGGAGCCUGUCGCAUUUUUUACAACUCAGAAACCCAUGAGCUGGUUGUCUUGUCUACAAAUGAGGCCACUGUCAAGCGUGUUGCCAUACUGAGUGACAUGCACCUGCGCAGUAUCCGCACCAAGCUCAUGCUCAUGUCCAGGAAUGAAGAAGCCACAAAACACUUGGAGAGCACCAAGCAAUUAGCUUCCUCUUUCCAAGAGGAGUUUGUGGUCAGGGAAGACUUGAUGGGGCUGGCCAUUGGGAGUCACGGCAGCAACAUCCAGCAGGCCAGGAAGGUCCCUGGGGUCUCUGCUAUUGAGCUGGAUGAGGAUACCGGCAUGUUCAGGAUUUAUGGGGAGAGUGCAGAAGCCGUACAGAAGGCACGACGUUACCUGGAGUUCAUUGAGGAAGCUGUUCAGAUUCCCCGAAACUUCGUUGGCAAGGUGAUUGGCAAGAACGGAAAGGUUAUCCAGGAGAUUGUCGACAAGUCAGGGGUUGUGCGAGUGCGAAUCGAAGGAGACAAUGAUAACAAGCUUCCUCGACAAGAAGGAAUGGUUCCUUUCAUGUUUGUUGGCACCAAGGAGAGCAUUGGGAAUGUGCAGGUACUGCUGGAGUAUCACAUCUCUUACCUUAACGAGGUCGAGCAGCUGCGACUGGAGAGGCUGCAUAUUGACGAGCAGCUGCGGCAGAUCGGGAUGGGCUUCAGGCCUGCGUCCGGCCGGCCUGUGGACCGCGACCGCGGCUACGGCGCAGAUGACGGUGCCUCGGGGGCCCCCCUGCACAGCAGCCGCUUCUACACGGGCAGGGGGCGAGGUCGGAAGGGCCCAAACUACACCUCCGGCUAUGGUACAAACUCGGAAUAUUCUAAUGCCUCCGAGACUGACUCUGAACGGAAGGACGAACUGAGCGACUGGUCUCUGGCCGGCGAGGACACAGAGCGCGGACCGCGGCAGCAGCGGGACAGCAGGCGGAGGCUGGGGCCAGGACGAGGGCGCGGGGGCCAUGGCGCCAGGGGCCGUGGGGCAGGACGGGCGGGACACAGCUCCUCCAUCAGCUCUGUGCUGAGAGACCCUGACAGCAACCCAUUCAGCGUGCUGGACAACACAGAGACAGACCAGACGGCCGACACCGAUGCCAGCGAGUCGCACCUGAGCACCGGCCGGCGCCGUCGCUCCCGCCGCCGGCGCACAGAUGAGGAGGCCACCCUCAUGGACGGCCAGAGCGAGUCCGACAACGCCUCGCUCAGUGAGAACGGCAUAGAUGAUUUUGAAGCAAAGACCCAGCGGCGUAAUCGUAGCCGUAGGCGGCGCUUCCGCCCCCCAGAGGAGAGGCACACAGUUACCGUGGCAGAUUACAUAUCACGGGCAGAAUCGCAGAGCAGACAGAGGAACCCAAGGGAUCAGAAGAAGAACAAAAGAGAACCGGGACAAAUGGAUUUUAUAGAGGACCACAGCCCUGCUCUUGUGACAACCAAUGGUCCCAAGAACAAAUCUGAUGAGCCCCCAACAACAUCAAAUGCUCCAGCUGAGAGAACCACGAGAAUUGGUAGCGGGGACGACGGAAAGCAGCAGGCCGUACAGAACGGGGUGUCCUAAGCCUCCACUCCUGGUUGACCUCCGCUUUUUUUUUAUAUUAGUGCUUGCACAAGCUUGCCAAAGAUAGACAUGUGGACUUCCAGAUUUUUACAGCACUUUUCAGUUCCUUCAUAGUGGAACAAAAAAGGGGAUGGAUCCAAAAAAAUAAUAAUCUGAACAUUUACAAGAUUAAAAAAUUACACCUAAUACGUUCUUAAGGACGUGAUCAGAUGUUGUGCCUUCCAAGAGUAGAAAAGUAAACUUUGGCUGGCUGUAGCAAACCUUUUGUUGAAUAUGGUGACAAUGGGAGAACACCCCAGACGUCCUACUACUUGUUAUGAAGAGCGUUAGCUGCUUUUGUUACGUUUUAAUAUGCAACCACUUCUUAUACGAGGAGAAACCAGAAAAUGCAGUCUGAGAGAUAUUUGCACUGAACAGUAACUUUCCCAGUAGAAAAAUGUUAGUCUGGAAACUGAUCUGUUAACUUUGUUGUCCAUUUUUUAAUGCUGUCACUACCUUCAGAAUACUUGAAGAUUGUAUUUUCUUUUUCUGCUUGAACACUGGAAAGAUAAUGGGAGUGAAUUCUCAAAGUGGGCUUCAUUUGGUUUAUUUAUUUGAAUAUGUACAGUAUUUAAAUUCAACUGUAGUAACUGUAAACACUCCAAACUCAAUCCUUUUGCAGGUGUCAUUUGGAGUACUGAAAGAUCAAUUUCCAGAUUUUUAUUUUUUUGUUCUGUAAGCUAUGUUUGUUAGUUCUUUGUGUUUUUUAAUGGUCAUUUUGGUUGUUUGAUGUGCAAUAUGUUUUGUAUGCAGGUAGUUCUUAAAUAAAAAUUUUUUUCCAUCUUGA